AUGGCAUUACGGUCCGGCGCAGUCUACAAGAGGCGGUCGGCUAGUCUGCCUGGAGCGUCAAACUUGUUAGAGGCUGGUGAUGAUCUGCCAUCCGGAAGUGGAAACAAGGCUAACCCUUGCACUGGCAAACGAGGCAAUGGGUUAACAUUAAGCCGUCCCUCCCAAAGGGCUAGGGCUGAGUCGGAAAGGAACAUAGCUGCAGGACCCGGAACCACCGUCAAGAAGCCGGCAAGUCUGCCAGCACCUCCAAAGGGAAUGGUUUAUAGUAACGCCAACAAGGCCGAUUCUUGUGCCGUGAAGAUCACAAGGGAGACUAACCUUUCUGCGGUAAAAACAAGCAAGAGUAAGAAAUCUGCAACGAAGUCGAACCAGUCAUCCCACCAAUCAAGGGUGGAAUUGCAGCAAAGGAUGGUCGACCUCGAAUUCCAAGAAAGGGAAUUGCAAAUAAAAUUAGAACAACUAAAGAUCGAUAAAGAGAAGAAGAAGGCUCAAGUAAUGAUAGAAAUAGAAGAGGAAGAAGACGAUGACUCGGGUGCGGACAAUCCAAUGCUCAGCGAGAUCCCCCAAGAAGACCCUGAUGUUAAUAUGCAACGGUUCCUCAACUCCAUGCCAGCCAGGGACCCUCCAACAUCUGAGGCAUCUGUACUACGUGACUUGGUGAACUCAUUCAGGCUGCCACCGGUCCAGAUUGAUCGUUUCAAUGGAGAUCCUCUGAAAUACCCAGUAUGGAUAACUACAUUCGACAACGUGGUAGCAUCCAGAACAACCAGCUCCUCCGAGAAACUCAAUCUCCUCGGCCAGUAUCUCGAAGGCGAGCCCUUAGAAAUGGUCAGUGGCUACCUCCUACUGCAAGAUCAGGAGGCUUAUGAAUGCGCCAGGGAGAAGUUGGCAUAUUGGUAUGGGGGAGACUCGGUUAUCAGCCGAGCGUUUCUCACUAAGCUCGAAAACUGGCCUAAGAUUGACGGCAGGGACCCUAUAAGUCUUAGGAGAUUUUCACAUUACCUAGAUGAGAUCUGCGCGGUGAAACAUAGAAUCGCAGACUUGGGCAUCCUGGACUAUCCACAAGAGAAUUGCAAACUUGUCCGCAAACUACCAGUCUACUUGGAGAGUAAGUGGCGGUCCGUGAUUAUACGUGCCAAGAGUAGGGAAAACCGCUUUCCCUCCUUCGAGACUUUCGCGGAUUUCGUAGUAGGAUGUGCAGAAGAGGCCAACAUCCCAGCGUUCGACUGCCAUGCUGCAAGUCGUCCUGCCCCAUCGUAUCUUAAUACAGCUCCGCCAAGAGCAACCAAGAAGAUCCUUGCCACCGUCGAGCAGAUAGAUCCGUGCCAGUUAUGCCAGCGUGAUCAUAGGUCGGUGGAAUGUCCGAAGUUCAUGGAUGCCACAGUCGACCAGCGAGUGGAAUUGAUCAAGAAAUGGGGGCUUUGCUUUGGUUGCAUGAAAUUGGGCCACCGGUCCAGGGCCUGCCGGCAGAGGCUCGCAUGUUCAAGAUGCAGCAAAAGCCAUCCCACCUUACUGCAUCGAGACACCCCUCCAGUUAGAUUAGCGGUGCCGGAACCGGCACCUCACCGUGCCAGGGACAUAGCCCAACCAGCCCAAGCCCGGGAAGUUUCCUCAGCCUGUGGGGGCCAAGAUGGAACGUGCGUGAUGGCUAUAGUGCCAGUGGUAGUAAAGUCCUUGAAGAAUGGCAGAGCUCUUCAGACAUACGCCUUCCUCGACCCUGGUUCUAGCGUGUCUUUCUGUACAGAUCAAUUGAAGCAGCGGCUAGGCAUUGGUGGUAGAAAAGCUAAAAUCAUCAUCGAAACCAUGUCCUCUGAAUCAUACACCCUUGACACGAACAUCCGGAACAACCUUGCCAUCACCAGCUUAGAUGGUGGUAGAGAUAUAAAGCUCCCUCAUGUCUACACCAAGACCAACCUUCCAGUCACGAAGGACCACAUUCCGCGACAAGAAGAUGUGGAUGCAUGGCCCCACCUCAGGAGUAGGGUACAUUUAAAGCACAUUAAAGCAGACAUUGGCCUGAUGCUGGGGAAUGCUGUGGCCGAUGCCUACACCCCUCUCGAGUCAGUGACUGGUCCAGAAGGGGAAGGCCUUCCGUUUGCUAGCCGGACCAUUUUGGCCUGGACCCCUUGGUGCAUAGUCAGGCCCGGCGUUGCAUCCACCAAUGUUGCAAACCGUGUGGAGGUCAAAGCUGUCGAAGGCCACGAACAACUGCUGGAGAUGAUGCGCAAGAACUCUGCGAUAGACUUUCCAGAGGGUCGCUCUACGGAAAAAUUGGGCCUAUCGACUGAAGAUAAAAGGUUUAACCAAAUAGUCAACGAAGGCAUUGAGUUGAAGAACGAUCGGUACACCAUACCGCUGCCCUGGAAGGACGCAAGCUUUGUCCUACCAGUGAAUAAAGGUCAAGCCGUCAGAAGAUUCGAAUUAUUAGAAAGAAGAUUCGAAAGGGACGAAACCUUGAAGCAGAAGUAUGUCGAGACGAUGAAGAAAAUGCGCGAUCGGGGGUAUGUUGAGUUGGCAGAUGGACUUAAAACUGGUCCCAGAGUAUGGCAUAUACCCCACCACCCAGUGUUUAGCGCCAAGAAGCCUGGUAAGCUAAGAGUCGUUUUUGACUGUGGGGCAAAGCAAGCAGGCGUAUCACUCAACGAUGUCCUGUUACAGGGGCCGGACAUCACUAACAGCUUACUCGGUGUCUUGCUUCGGUUUCGAAAGGAAGAAAUCGCUGUUAUGGCAGACAUUGAGGGGAUGUUCCUUCAAGUUAAACUACAGUCAUUGUUGUUGGCUAUAAUCAACAACCUCUGA